AUGGCGUCGAAACAGAAUGGCAACAGUAUCGCUGCUCCACGACCGCCAUUUCGUCGACAGGGAUCAAGCAUCGGCGCCGGGCCUCAUCCAAUGGCUGUGGCGCUUGCUCCUGUACACAGAAUUGAUUAUAGUGUUACAAAGGGAGGCGCACGUACCUGGGCAGUUUUACUUGUCUUUCUCUUUCUAUGCUCUGGUCUGUAUACUAUAUUCUCGUCGAAGGAUCUUCAAGAAGGAGCUGACAAUUUCACAGGCGUUCGCAAGGACCGUCAAAAAGAAGUAGCGAAUGAUGACAGUUAUCAGGACGUUUCAUCAGAAAGCUUCGGGCCGAGUGAAAGUGAUGAAUCUGCUGAGGAACCUACAGAGCGAAUAGCUGACGAUGAUGAUGAUUCUGAAGAAGGGCAACCGUUAGAGCAUCAGUUAUUCGCGGGUCUACGAAGAAAAAUCGAGAAUAACAUUAAGCGGGUCAGAGAAUACGUCGAGGUACUUUCAAACCAAUGUAUUUACAGUAGUGCUCUAUAG